ACACAGAGCAGCAAACUUCACUCAGCAAAGACCUUUUUGCUACAGGUGGAGGAACGUGUUGUUGACAUGAAGCUGGGGCUGCUGGUGGUGUUGGCAGUGGUGGUUCUGCUGCCCAGUCUGUCCGAGGGCCGGAUUGUCUCCAGAUGCGAGCUGAGAGAAAAGCUUGACCAGGCACUGCCUAAAAGGCUUCAAAUGUUCAGGGAGAAAAUCCUGAAAAUAGUUAUCUGUGAGGCAAAUAGGAGGUCCCAUCUGAACACCGGCCUGGUCAGGGUCAUUGGCAAGCGCAGAACUACAACAACAGCCAGGCCAACAACUGCAGUCACAACUACCACACCAGCAACUACCCAACUAAUGACUACCACAACAACAGCUACCCAACCAACAACUACCACAGCAACGACCACCCAAACAACAACUACUGAAUCAACGACUACCCAGACAACUACCCAGACAACUACUCAACCAACGACUACCCAACUAACGACUACUGAAUCAACAACUACCCAAACAACAACUACUCAACCAACGACUACCCAACUAACGACUACUGAAUCAACAACUGCCCAAACAACAACUACUCAACCAACGACUACCCAACUAACGACUACUGAAUCAACAACUACCCAAACAACAACUACUCAACCAACGACUACCCAACUAACGACUACUGAAUCAACAACUACCCAACUAACAACUACUGAAUCAACAACUACCCAAACAACUACUCAACCAACAACUACCCAACCAAUGACUACUGAAUCAACGACUAGCCAAACAACAACUACCCAACCAACCACUACUCAGUCAACAACUACCCAACCAACUACUCAAUCAACGACUACCCAACCAACUACUCAAUCAACGACUACUGAGUCAACGACUUCGGAAGUUCACGACCUCAGACGAAAGCGUGAAGCUGACCCGACAAGCAAUGAGUCAGACAAAGGCCUGGAGGACAUGCUGAACGAGCUGGAAGGCGAGGUCGAUGAGGAUGACGAGGUGACGUGGGAUGAUGACAGCAGAGACAGUGAGGACGAAGAGAUUGAUGAGGAGAACAGUGAAGAGGGGGCUGAGGAGGGUGGGACACGUAAGAAGCGACAUGUCGGCCGUUGGCGGAUCAAAAAGAGGGGGAGGGGGAGGCCACAGUCGAUCCGUCUACAUGGGCUCUUCCAGCUGUCUGACGUGUACUUCUGUAACUCAGGCUACCACAGGUCCAGGAACUUCUGCCGUACCACCUGCACAUCCUUCACCGAUGACAACAUAAUGGAUGACAUUAAUUGCAUUGUGAAGACUCAUCACAUCCUGACCAUAGUGAAGCACGCCUCUCGCCGGUGUUUUUUCGCCCAGAACUUCUUUGACGAAUGUGUGUGAGCAGCUGACAGGUUUUCUAUCUGCAGGACGUCCCACUGACGAUGAUUUCUUCAACGUUGUCAGCUCUACUUCCAGUGUGACAAUGGAAACACAUUGUCUCACAAACACUGUCAAGCAUUUUAAAUAUUUUCCAUUUUCAAUUAAUCAAUGAGAUUUCUUUAAUGAAGUUAUUUUCUUUCAGUUUUUUUGUGGAUGAAUUUGACCCCAAAAUCACCAGAACUUGACAAGUGUAUCUCAGUAUCUCAUAUUAUUGUUUUACCAAUUUAAUCCACUUUAAAGUGAUAAUUCUGUGAUGAGAAAAACAAAUAACUUGAUUGCUAUCUGUUCUCUGUGAUCUUCCAAUAAAUGCGUUUUGCUGUAA